UAUUUACUAACGAAAGCAUAAGCGGUGGAGGGAGAAUCCUCUAAAAGAAGCGAAACACAAGGCGGACGACUCGGUUAACCACAUUUGGGAGGCGCUGACUCGUUCUAUUCAUCAUUCGUACUUGAUUUUUUCUUCACUUUUUCUCUCUCUCGUCUCCUCAUCAAGUUUCACGUUUAAUUUCAUCGUAACAAUAUGUUACAAUCCCAUUCCAAUAUUAUAUCAUAACGUGAUCAAUGUCGUGGUUAAAAUCGGCGGUGACGAGAGCUGUGACAGCAGGAGGCAAUGCCGUGUUCGAAGUAACCAAAGCUGUUGAAGCCCGCGGAAACGCCGUCGUCCACCAAACUGGCACUGCUUCCGAGGAUGCUAAGAUUUUGCAAGGUCGCAUUGCGCCUCAGAGUACCACGAGAGACUUGAAGCAGACUGUGAAAACACUGGAGGAUGUUUCGGUGUCAACUAGAGGGAUAGAAAGAGUUCAAUUACUCAGAGUAUGGCUGGUUGCACUUAAAGAAACUAUAAGAGUAUUUGAUGAAUUUACCAAUUCUUUUACAAAGCCUACUGUGGAACUGUAUGUUGACCAAGAUAGUGGUGGAAAGCUGAUGAAUUUUUAUGAUGUUUUUCUUUAUAGUGAAGCUCUUGAAGGCAUGACAUUAUCCAUGAUUCUGGAAGCACCAAAUGAGGAAGAAGUUUCAUUACUUUUAGAGAUAUUUGGGCUUUGUCUUAUAGGAGGAAGAGAAGUUCACGAGGCAACAAUUAAAAGCAUACUAAAUAUAGCACAUGAUUUUUCAGAUUAUGAAGAUGAAGUGCUGAUAAGGAGGGAAGAACUGCUUCAGUUUGCUCAAAGUGCCAUUGCUGGGCUAAAAGUUAAUCCUGAUAUGAAAAGAAUAGAUUCCGAAGUCUCAGAAAUACAGCAGAAGUUGGAAGAAAUGAUACGCCUGGAGAAUUCAAUCAGCAGUGCUAACAAAUCAUCUCAAAAAACUGAACUUACGGCAGAGAAAUUAAAAGAAUCAAUGGCAAAAUUUAAACUUUGUUCCAAACUAGAGACACUUUUACUAAGGAAGAAGUACCUGAACAAUGGGGACUCUCCAGAGAUCCAUGCUCAAAAGGUUGAUAAAUUGAAAGUUCUAUCAGAAUCACUUCAUAGCUCUACCUCAAAAGCUGAAGAGCGCAUUCAAGAGCACAGAAUGCAGAAAGAAGAGGCAGUGCGUUUUCGUUUAAGCAAAACCAAUGAAACUAGUCAGCUCGAGAAGGAUCUGGAAGCUGACCUCAACUCACUAGAAAGAAGAAAAAUUGAACUGGAGGCUGAGUUGCAAAAGGUAACUUCCUCUUUCAUAGUUACAAAGGCUCGUCUUUAUAAUGCUAGAGAAGAAAGGGAACAGUUUCAUCAAGCAAGUAAUCAAAUUCUCGAACACUUUAAUGCCAAGGAGGAUGAGCUCUCCAGAUCUGUUGCUACAUAUAGAGCAGAAGCAAACGCCUGUAAUGCAUUUAUUGCUUUCAUGGAAGCUACAUGGGGGUUCAAUUCUUCAUACAAAUCGCAAAAGGAAAAGCUGGUCAGUGAUGAAUUGAAGAAACAUGAAGAGUACUUUGUAGACCUGGCUGUUCUGCUUUUAUCUGUUUACAAGGAUGAACUGGGACCAGCUUUCACGAAUAUCAGGAAACUUAAAGACAGCAUUGAAGGAUCACAGAUAGCCACGGGUGUGGAUAUUGGAAAUUUAGAAGCAAACAAAGGAAGGAAACAUCUUGAAGAAGAGUAUUUGGAAUUAGAAGAAAAGAUUAUUACACUGUUUGAUGUAGUGGAGAGUAUUACCAAACAUUUCAUCACUAGAGAUGCGCAGAAUUCCACCUUUGUGAUUAGUAAGGGAGAUCACAGGAUUCAAGAAUUAUGGAAUUCUCUUGGAAAUAUAAAGGAGCAAUUUGAAACCAUGGAAAGACCGAUGUUAGAAAUAGAAAGGCCAGAGACACCAGGAAAGCAGUUGCCCCAAAGAAGUUCAUCUGCUCACAUGAGAUCUCCGCGAGAAAGUUUUGGCAAGUCUCCAAAACGUGGUAGAACUCUGUCUCUUAAAUUGAUCACUGCCAUUCCCGAUAGCAAGUCAAACUUGGGAAAGGGUGAAAGAACCCCGGAGGUACUGUCCAAGUACAGGAUGACACUUGAUGAUGAUAGCAGAGAAGGCUCAACUGCCGACGACAUUGACUGGGAAUUUGAUGAUCUUGUGACACCGCGAUCCUUUUCAACAACUCGUAAAUCAUCACCGCUGGCAAAAUCAGCACUAGAAUAUACAUUAUCACCACUUACAUUAUCACCAUCAGCAAAAUCGGUAUCAGGUUCACUAUCACCAGGUUCAUUAUCACCGCUGGCAAAACCGGCAUCAUUAUCGGCAUUGUCGUUGGCAAAAUCGGAAUCAGUAUCGUCAUUGACAAAAUUAGCUUCAGUAUCGCGUUUGCCAAAAUCGGCAUCAGUAUCAUCAUUGACAAAAUCAGCAUCAGGAUCGCGGUUGCCAAAAUCGGCAUCAGUAUCGUCGUUGACAAAAUCAGCAUCAACAUCGCCGUUACCAAAAUUGGCAUCAACAUCAGAGUAUAUAUUAUCACCAUUUAUAAAAUCGUCAACAGAACAAUCAUCUGCAACAGAACAAACAUUACAGUUUCCGCUCAAAUCAUCGAUAGACGAUGUAGAAUCAAAAGAUAGUUCAAAUUGACUAAAACUUGUUAGUGGCAGUGCCACCUAAUUUGAUAAUUGGCUUGUCAACUGUAUAGAAGAACUAUACAUGUUAUAUUAUUUGUGAAUAUGAGGUGAUAUAUAUAUAGAAGUGUAUCCUCCCAA